GAGAGAGAGAGAGAGAGGCUGGAAUCUGUUCCUCCGUGAGCAGUGAACAGUAUGCGCGAGACUCCGGAGCUCCGCGCCACAGACACAGACCGACCUGCUGAGAGAAACACACACACUGACCUGCUGAGAGAAACACACACACUGACCUGCUGAGAGAAACACACACACUCCGAGUUCCGAGAGCAAAGAGACAGAUCGCGGAGGAGCUUUUUUCUUCUUCUCUGGGGGACAAACCGGACUUUGGUGGGGACGCGCGCGCGCGCUGAAUAAUUCUUAUUUCAUUUUUUUUUUUUUAUUAUUGGUAUUAUUUUGUUUUGCAUUUUGCGCGCGUGAAAAAAAAGUGUGUGAUGUUGAGAUGAGGAGAAAGGCAUAUGGAAGUGGAACAUCAUCAUCAUCGUCACCAUCAUCAUCACACACGCACCGUGGAUGCUGAAGACGCCAGAACGCGCUCGGGGUUUCCUCUGCUGCGCCGUGACCGAGUGUGUGUGUGUGUGUGUGAGAGAGAGAGAGAGAGAGAGAGUGUGUGUGUGUGAGAGAGAGAGAGAGAGAGAGUGUGUGUGAGAGAGUGUGUGUGUGUGUCAGUGCGAGGUGCACAGCUUCAGCACCGGAUCUACACACAGCUCACAGCAAGAGAAGCGUGGAUCUGGGAUUGUGCUUGUGUUUUGUUCUUUUCGGGAAUCUUUCAUUCUGAAUUUCGGAUAACUGACCGCGUAGGAGUGUGAUUUCCGACACACACACACACACACACGAGCGGACGGAGACGUACUGAGUGUGGGGAGUUCACACACAUCCCGGUUCAGAUUAACGAUGCCCCGCAGCGUAAUGAACUCGCUGAUGUUGUCCUGGACAUCCCUCUUCCUUGUCCUGUUCUUCUCAGUCACUCCUUCUCUCAGCUCCAUCAUGUAUCAUCUGAGGGAGGAGCAGCCCCCCAACACACUCGUGGGCAGUUUAGCGUCAGAUCAGGGACUUCCUGAUUCCGGUCACCUGUACAAACUAGAGGUAGGCACGCCGUACCUGCGUGUGGACGGGAAGACAGGAGAUAUUUUUACCACAGAGGUUCCUAUCGACCGGGAGACACUAAAAGACUGUCGGAACCUGUUUGAGGGCGACCCAUGUUUCCUGGAGUUUGAGGUGUCCAUCACAGAUCUGAUGAAAGGUUCCGGUCCACGGCUCAUCGAAGGCCGAAUCGAGAUCCAAGAUGAGAAUGACAACACACCGCAGUUCUCGUCACCCAUCCUAUCCAUAACUAUUCCUGAAAAUACUCCUGUUGGGGCACUGUUCCCCAUCCCCAUCGCCACCGAUAAGGACACGGGCAGUAACGGGAUUGCAGAAUACUCGCUAACGACGGGUUCUGACGCAGCGUCUCUGUUCAGCCUGCAGGUGGCAGAAAACGCGGAUGAAAAAGUGCCGCAGCUGAUCGUGAUGGGGACUCUGGAUCGUGAACAGCGCGACUCGUACGAUCUUAAUAUUAAAGUGGUGGAUGGUGGAAAUCCUCCACGCUACAGCAGUGCCCUCCUGAGGAUCACCAUCACUGACACCAACGAUAACAUGCCCAAAUUCGAGCGCACGCACUACGAAGGGGAACUUGCAGAAAACAGUCCUGUGGGUCACUCCGUCCUACAGGUGAAGGCCAAUGAUGCUGAUGUCGGAGACAACGGCAUGCUCACAUACACUAUCCAUCUGCCAUCGCCCCAGGUCCAGCGCCUCCUCAGCAUCGAUCGAAACACUGGCAUCAUCUACGUCAAAGGUCCAGUGGACCGUGAGGAUGUGAAUUUGCUGAAAUUCUACGUCCAAGCUAAAGACAACGGCCCACAGCCCAAGACCUCCAAAGUCCUGGUGACCAUCACAGUGAAAGACAAGAAUGACAAUGAACCGUCCAUCUGGAUCCGUGGAUUUGCUCUGGUGGCUCAUGAGGACGGAAUUGCUAACAUUUCUGAGGACAUGCCUGUAGGAACUCCAGUGGCUCUGGUGGAAGUGACGGAUCGAGACGAGGGUGAAAAUGCAGUGGUGACUUGUGUGGUGGCGGGAGAUGUACCUUUUCAGCUUCGUUCAGCAUCCGACACAGGAAGCCGGAGGAAGUAUUUCCUGCAGACAACAACACCACUGGAUUAUGAACGGGUCAAAGAAUACAGGAUUGAGAUUGUAGCUGUUGAUUCAGGAAACCCAGCCCUUUCCAGCACCAACUCACUAAAGGUCCAAGUAACAGAUGUGAAUGAUAACGCUCCAGUUUUCUCUCCCUCUGUGUAUGAGGUGGAAUUUCCAGAGGAGAAUCAGCCACGUGAUAAAGUUUUGGAUGUAGCAGCCACUGAUGCAGACAGUGGCACCAAUGCAGAACUCACAUACAAUAUUAUCUUAGACUCAGCCAUCAAGGGGCUCUUCGAAAUCAACCGUAAUACAGGAGAGGUCAGAGUGAUGGACCAGUUAGACCGUGAACAGAGAGAACGCUAUGAGUUUCACGUUGAAGCCUCUGAUAAGGGGGUUCCCAGCAUGAGGGGAACUGCAACAGUGGUGGUUAAUGUCCUUGAUCGCAAUGACAAUGAUCCCAAGUUUAUGCUAAGUGGCUACACUUUCUCUGUGCUGGAAAACAUGCCUGCGCUCAGUCCAGUGGGAAUGGUCACUGUCACGGAUGUGGACAAAGGUGAAAAUGCUCAGGUUCAUUUAUCGGUAGAACCAGACAACGGCAAGUUUGUGAUUCAGAACGGCACAUGUACUAUCCUCUCAAGAAUUUCCUUUGAUCGAGAAAAGGAAAGUACCUACACAUUCCGUCUGAAAGCUGUAGAUGGAGGUGAUCCUCCUCGUUCGUCUUAUGUGGGAAUUACAAUAAACGUCCUAGAUGAAAAUGAUAAUGCCCCUUUCGUCACCAAACCUUCUAACUCCUCAUACAAGUUCCUCCAACCACUAACAAGCCCAGAUACACGUGUGGAGAAAGUGGAAGCAGAGGACAUUGACACAGGAUCGAAUGCUGAGUUAGAAUACACCAUCAUGGGUGGAAACCCUCAUGGACUUUUUCGCAUUUCUCCAACAAGUGGUGAAAUAACACUUAUCAAAGAAUUCACAAGGAAGCAUAAUGGCCUUCACCGCCUGGUCGUAAAAGUCAGUGACUUGGGAAAACCUGCCAAGCACACCAUCGCACUGGUCCACAUCUUUGUAAAUGAGACAAUAGGAAACAUCACACUGGUGGAGUCACUAGUUGGCCACAGCCUCUACACUCCUCUGGAUAGGGACAUUGCUGGUGACCCAGAAUACGCCCGCGUCCAGCAGAGCAACAUUGUGUAUGGAAGCCUGGCAGGCAUUGCUGGGGUCAUCCUGGUCAUUGUGGUGGUGGUUGUUAUCCAGCACCGUCUGCAGAAGGGACCCAAAAGUGGAUACCAAGCAGGGAAGAAAGAAUCCAAAGAUCUCUACACACCCAAGCAAGGAACCAAAAGCAGCAAGGGCAAAAAGAGCAAAAAGGGCAAAUCUCCAAAACCAGCAAAGUCCUUAGAGGAGGAUGAGGAGGCAAGUCUUCAGAAAGGCUUAAACUUCAAUCUGAUGAGUGACAAUGAUAGUCCCAGGAUACAUCUGCCCCUCAAUUAUCCUCCUGGAAGCCCAGAUUUGGGGAGACACUAUCGUUCUAACUCCCCUUUGCCUUCCAUUCAGCUGCAGCCACAGUCCCCUUCAGCGUCCAAAAAGCACCAGGCUGUUCAGGAUCUUCCGGCUACAAACACCUUCGUAGGGACCGGAGACAGCAACUCGACUGGUUCUGAUCAGUAUUCGGAUUACAGCUACAAGACCAACCCUCAGAAAUACAGCUCCAAACAGCUGCCGCACCGCCGUGUGACCUUUUCAACAGCCAAUCAGGCACAGGAUCUGCAGGACUCCUCCCAGCACAGUUACUAUGACAGUGGAUUGGAUGAAUCAGAAACACCGAGCAGUAAAAGUUCUUCGGGGCCAAGGAUCGGACCGUUGGCGCUACCCGAGGAUCACUAUGAGAGGACAACACCGGAUGGCAGCAUCGGAGAGAUCGAACACCCAGAGAGUGAUCUGAGGUCGCUUCCCGACGUGGCGAUGACGGGAAACUGUACUCGUGAGUGCAGCGAGUUCGGACACUCGGAUUCCUGCUGGAUGCCGUCUCCAAACCGCAACAACAAAAUCUCCAAGAGUGCUUCAAAACUCUCAACCUUUGUGCCUUACCAAGAGCGGGAGGCUCAGGAGACACUGAUGGCCAAUGGAAGCCCCAAGCCCAUGGGGGAGGAACUUGGGGGCGGGGCCACAAACAAAAUGCCCAGCAUCCGCUUCAUGGCCCCUUACACUAGUGCCUACUCUGCAGGUGGUGAGGGGACAAAGGAGUGUGCCAUGGAAGAAAUCCCACUGAGUCAAACAGCAGCGACCACACCCUCCAGCCAGGGGUCCAAGAGAGAAAUCUACCUGUGAAGAGUGAAAUGAGAUUUUGAGUGAGGGGUUGUUUAGAGGUCAUCAGGGUCAUCACCAUCAACCCAAGUGCACACAGGAUUUACAGCAAGACCAAAACACUGGAACUGGUCAGUCAGUAACUGGUCAGCUAAAGAGAUCAGUCAGGUUUAAAGUCAUUGGGGACCUAAACAGCAAAAGGUCCUCAUGAAGGUCAUCAGGGUUGUUCAGGUCAUUAGGCUCAUUAGAAUUCCUUUACGCCACUUGAGUGCGCUUGAUAUUUAGACUGACAAAAUAAAACGCUGAAUGUGAAGAUUCAUUUUUGGAUAAAUUUAGGGAUUCUACCGUUGGAAUUUGGACACAUGAAGCUGUAAUAAAUUCUGUUACUACUGAAACCACCCCUUUCAAAACCACACCCCAAACAACUAACCAAUCUCUCACCAUGACCUUAACCGUGACCUGAACACACUCUGUGUGUCAGAAGGAACACUACCACCAUCAUGCUUCUCCUGUUCUUUCACUUCAUUUCCUGUUCUUGUAUCUGUUUUGUACUGACGCAGCUUUGGAAGUCGACUUUGGGAAUCACAUGAAGGAUCAAUUUUAAAUGCUUUUAACUCUGAUUCAGAAUGUAAACAUUUUUAAUCCAUUUUAUUUGUGAUAAUUUAAUAUAUGCUGUAUAGGAACGGAUAAACAUGAGUUUAGGUUAAAAUACAUAAGUGUAAGUGCACAGAGUGUCUGAUUAAGCCAGCUUGCUGAAGGACACACACUGAACACACACUGUGUUUAUUUUAGAUGUAGAAAGAAACACUCUCUUCUGGUGUACAGUGCUGUAAAUAUGCUCUGGCCAUUUGUGUGUGUGUGUGUGUGUGUGUGUGUGUGUGUGUGUGUGUGUGUUUGGAAAACGAUGGAUCUUCACCAGAAACCCUGUAAUUGGGACAAAACCAAUGGCCUGGGGUUCACAGUGAAUAGAAAGCAGCAGGUCGGUGUAAUGCGUUUAGUCAGGACUGAACUGUUGCCAUGUUGUCCUUCAGGCUCCAGCAUCAGGGUUGCCAUGGACACCAGGUGGCUCCCAAAACACACUUUAUACCACAAACUCUCUCUCUGUGUCAAAAUACACAGCCAGCAAGUGUGAGGAUGCAAGAGCUGUCUAAAAAAGUCUCACAUUCAUGAGUGUGUGAAUGUGAGAGUGUGUGAGAGCAAAAGACUAGGAGACUUCCUGCGCUGUGAUUGGUGGAUUAGGUGAUUGGAUAUCCAGUGUGAUAUUCUACACUCCAUGAACAAAGCAAUCAGUUAAAGGCAAUGAUGUGUACAGUUUAAGACAAUGAAGUGUGUUUUUUUUGUGUUAUAGCUGGAAUAAACCACAUUUCUGGGUCUUCACACACAGACACACACACACACACGUACACACAUUUUUUCAUUAAAAUACAAACCACACCACACUUGUUCCCUGUUCACUAUACACACAACAUACUCACUGACUAUACACACUAUACACAUCAGAGUGUGUGUGUGUGUGUGUGUUUGUGUGUGUGUGUGUGAUACAAACACUUCCUGACAGCUAUACACUUUCUUGCUCUCGCUGCAAUGCCUGCAGUCUUUAUCCACAGGGGAAAACACACACGUUCAUGGGGUGUCCUUCUGUGUGUGUGUGUGUGUGUGUGUAACUCAAGUCACUUACAUAUUGUCUUUAAAGUAAAGCUGCUGUCACUUUCAUCAAGAUUGUUUUGUGUUUCAUUGCACUGAGUGAGAGAGAGAGAGAGAGAGUGUGUGUGUGUGUGUGUGUGUGUGUGUGUGUGUGUGUGUUACCGACACUACCAUUUUGAAAGUCCCUACUGAAGGAUAGCAUGCUGAACCCUUAGAUCCUGAUGAGAGUAUGCAAGACACACAUUGCCACACCAAGCACACACAUACACACACACAUACACACACACAUACACACACACACAUAUAUUAUACACUCAGGAGUUUAUUAGAUUCCACUUCUAUUGUGCUAAUUUGAAUAUUCAUGAUACAUUAACAUAAAUCUGAAAUCUGUGAAUGUUGAUUAUCACAUCAGGUUCUAAAGGUUCUCUUUAGCUCUCAUGUUAUUGCAUGUGUUUAUAUCCAUCAUCACACUCUGUGUCAAUUAAAGCUAAUAGAAGGAAGAUGAUGUGAAGUAGUUUUUUUAUAUUUAAUUUAUUAUAAUAAAUAAAAGAAUCAUGUGUUUGUAUGACCUGCUGUUCCACUGCACUGUUCUACAUCUUUAUAUUUUGCUUAUUUACACAUUAUUUUUAUUAUUUUGAUACUUUAUUGUUUUGAAUCUUAAAACUCAGUUAAGUUUGAAUCUCACUAAGAUUACAUCAGAAUUAUAAAACUGUAAAUGAGCUUUUCUAUUUUUACCUGAAAAUCAUUGUUUGUUGUUUUUAUUACAGUGUCAUCAGUUUGUUAAACAGUUUAUUAAACACAUUCUGUCCUUUAUCACAAACCUCACACACUGCAGACACAAGUAACAGGGUAAACGCACACACACACACACACACACACACACACACACACACACACACACACACACACACACUCAAACACAUACACACGCACAAACUCACACUCAAACACACACACUCACAUUAAAACAGACACAUACACUCACACACUUACACUCAAACAAAUACAGAAUACACACUCACACUCAAACAGACACACUCAUUCACACACACAAACACAAACACACAUACACACACGCACACUCAAACGCACACACAAACACAGUCACACUCACACAAGCACACACACACACACUCACACAAACACUCACUCACAUACACACACACAGUUUUUAUACUAGUGUACCAGUGUGAGAGUGAGGCAGAGACAUACCCACUCUGUUUGAAGGGUCGGAUCCUGAGAGUGUUGUAUUUAUAUCCUGCUUUGUGAUGCCUUGUUUUUCUUUGUACAGUUUUAUGUACACGCUGAUGUGGCUUGUUUUCUAUCGGCUAAGAGCUGCAGUGUGUCACGUUUUUAGAGUGAGUAGUCGAGGACUAAAUGUCUAAAAUGUGAUUAUUACACAGAUUAUUAUAGUCUCCCUUUUCCUCCUGAUGUUUGUGUUUAAAGAAUAAAGACAGUUGCUUUUUA